CAUGCAAAGCCCCACCUCCGGCCUGGCGCCAUUGACCGCCGCUGGGCUCCCUCCCCGCGCAAACUGGGACACCCGCUCUUUGCAAAGGGAGUGGGGGGGGGAGGCCUCUGCUGGCUCAGCAGUCGACUGCCGAGGCUGGAUGCAAAGGGGGAGGGGGCGCAGGCAGUGGUUGCAGAUGUGAGCCCUUUUGGGGGGGGGCGAUCUUGCGCCGCAAGCGACGUCACUUGGGUGCCCGGGGAUCCGCGGCUCUCUCCCCCCUCCCUCUUGGACGAAGGGGAGGAGGAAGAGGAGAGGCCGCGAGCCAGAAGCCGAUCUCUGGAGGGGGUGGCUUUUUCCUUUUUUUUUCUUUUAAGGAGCUUAAACCUUCCCCUUCCCGCCUGCCUUCCAAACGAUGUUCCAGACUUUAUACAACUACUUCUGGUGGGACCGGCUCUGGUUGCCAGCAAACUUAACCUGGGCGCAACUCCAAGACCGAGAUGGGGAGAUUCACGCCAAGCCCUCUGAUCUCUAUAUCACCUUCCCGUUGGCCAUCCUCUUACUCAUCCUCAGACAUCUCUUCGAAAGGUAUGUGGCCACCCCAAUCGCUGGUCUCCUGAACAUCAAGGACAAAGUACGAUUAAAAGCCGCCCCGAAUCCCGUGUUAGAAAUCUUUUACUCCUCUUCUUCCAAACAUCCCAAACAGGCCGAAGUCGAGACCCUUUCCAAGAAAUGUGGCUGCACCGCACGGCAGGUGGAGCGGUGGUUUCGCCGGCGGCGCAACCAGGACCGUCCCAGUCUGCUCAAGAAGUUCCGAGAGGCCAGUUGGAGAUUCACCUUUUACCUUCUUGCUUUCAUUGCUGGCAUGUGUGUUCUUGUAGAUAAACCUUGGUUUUAUGACUUGCAGAAAGUUUGGGAAGGUUACCCCUCUCAGAACCUCCUCCCUUCCCAGUACUGGUACUAUGUCCUCGAGCUGUCCUUCUACUGGUCCCUACUUUUCAGUGUUGCUUCAGAUGUGAAGCGGAAGGAUUUCACAGAGCAAAUCAUCCAUCACGUGGCAACCAUCGUCUUGAUUACCUUCUCCUGGUUCACAAAUUACAUUCGGGCCGGGACUCUGGUUAUGGCCUUGCACGAUUCCUCGGAUCACCUGCUAGAGUCUGCAAAGAUGUUUAACUACGCCGGCUGGAAAGAUACAUGCAACAACCUUUUCAUCGUGUUUUCUGUGGUCUUCUUCAUUUCACGGCUCAUCAUCUUUCCCUUCUGGAUCCUGCGCUGCACCAUCAUCUACCCCCUGGACUUGUACCCGGCCUUCUUCGGCUACUAUUUCUUCAACUCCAUGAUGAUUGUCCUUCAGUGUCUGCACAUGUUUUGGGCAUACUACAUCCUGCGGAUGGCCCAGAAAUUCAUAACUGGAAAGCAGAUGGUGAAGGAUGAACGUAGUGACCACGACGAGACCGAUAACACCGAGGAAGAAGAGAAAGAGGAGGUGGGGGCUCCAGCAGGGGGCAGCACCAAAAAUGGCCCCCUCACCAACGGGCACCCUGUCUUGAACAAUAACCACCGGAAAGUCGACUGAUUUCCCUAACCCACUCCGGUUCCAGCAGACCCGUCGUUUCACUGCAAGCUGAGGAUUUUGAGACUGUACCGAAAACUUUCUGCCGAGGCGAACUUAAUUCCACCGAGAGCGGAAGGGGGCCUUCCCAUUUCCGGCGUUUGACCCCUUCCUAAAUGUUGGUGGCUGCGCCGGUCUCAUCAUGCACCAAGGCAGGAAGGGGGUUGGAAGCUCCUGCUGUCUUGCGGUUCUCGAAAAGCUGUCCUACCGGCCUCUGUUUGUGGACAGGAGCGGCAACUGAAAAGUUGGCGUCUUGUGGGGUGGGGAGAUGGACGGUCUCUUUCUCUGGCCCUCAGUCCUUCACCAAACUGCCUUAAAAGAUUUGGGGGUGAAGAUGAACCCCAAGACUGCUGCCUUUUGAUUUUCCCCCCUUCCCCCCCAAAAAACCCCCUACAAAUUCACUCAUGACCCGAAAGGUCCACAGGAAGUGCUGUGUGAUCACGCUGACCUCCCCCUACUACACCCUCUUCUUUCUAAUUCUGCUUUCAGUAACCACCCCUUCAAUGACACAACGUCUUCUUGCAAAUCACCAUCCUCACUGAAAUUUCCUUUCCGUGCCAAACACUUGACACAUUUUUAAUAAGAUGGGCUUCGGCUCUCUGACUUCCCUUCCUGCUGUUCCCCCAAGAAUCCAGGCACAGGGGAAAGAACCUGAAAAACCUCACGGCGCACCUAUGUAGGAUUUUUUUGAAGGGGGGGGAGAGAAAAGUUUGGGAUGCGCAUCAGUUAUCUGUCGCACCCAGGUCUUUAUGCGGCAACUCUGCUCUGGACUCAGCUGGUUUAAGGAGGAGGGUGGGCAUCAGGUUUACACAAGAGUAGGACCCUAAUCCCCGCUUCCUGGCCCUAAAAAGAGGAAAAAAAAACACAAACUGGGGCUCAGCUAGAAAGAUGGGCCCAAGCUCCCAGGAGCAGAUGGCAAACUAACCUCUAGCCACAAAGGGCUUGUGUGUAUGGAGGGGUACACUGUCUUCAGACCAAAUUUUUUAAAAAGUUAAAUAUAUUAAAAACCUAAAUAAAACUAAUAAACAUCUGUUUAAGAAGA